GGAGUCGUUUGCAGAGCUGGAGCUGCCGCAAAGCCCCGUCCUCCAGGGCUUUUUAAAACACCGUGUUUUGCUUCAUGCUCCAACUAUAUCAUCCAAUUGACGAGCUGCAGCGCUAAAAAGCAUUGAACUGGUGACGACGAGAGCUUUAUUAGGAAGAAAGACACCGACUGCAUCUUUAAAAACUGUAAAGGAAAAAUAACAGAGAGAGAGAGAGAAAGAGGGAGAUACUGGAUUGCGGGUCAACAAAUUUAACCCUUCAUCUGCAGCUGCAUUGUCGCUCUCUAUCUGGGGGGGACGGUUAGUUUGGGAGUCGGGGGGAGACACGACACGAAGGCGUCUCUCUCAGUGGUGAAAUGUGAGUGUCGUUGACCGCUAUUCCCCCUUUUUAUUUUUCAAUGUGGUUGAGACUGCAGCCGUCGCAGCGAGCUCUGAGCGGCCGCGUUGAUGCAGCAGUGCUCGGCUGCCACCGGACCUGGGAAGACAAUAGGGGAAAUAUGAAAUAUAUACACGACGCCGGCCUGGACUCCCCAAAACGACAAUAGAAAACUGAGUCUCUACACCCGCUGCUUUUUGUUGGCUUCACCAGUCGUGACUUUCUCUGCAGUGUCUGCGUGAGGAAUCGGGGUUAGAGAGUGAAACGACAGCCGGGCAGGUACCUGCUCAAGGAUGGCGGCCGUGGUGAACUACUCUCCACCGUGGUGGGUGAAUCUGCUCCACCGGUUGCCUCAUUUCAAUUUGGAGUUCCAGGUAGUGAGCAGUGACUUCAGGCCGGAGGACUCUGAGUACCAGAAGUCUGUUCUGCUGCUCGGUGCCGUGGCCCUGCUGUGUCUGGGUCUGGACCUCCUCUUCCUCCUCUUCUACUCCUUCUGGCUUUGCUGCCGACGGCGCAAGAGCGACGACUCCUCGCACUCCCAUACGCACUCCCAGCAGCCCAGCGCCGACUGCUGCUGCACCGCCUGGUGCGUCAUCAUCGCCACGCUCGUCUGCAGUGCUGGCAUCGCCGUGGGAUUCUACGGAAAUGGGGAGUCGAGUGACGGAGCCAAUCGUGUGGCUUACUCACUCCGUCAUGCCAACCGCACCGUGUCUGGGGUGGAGAAACUGGUGUCAGACAGUGCCCUAGCCUUAAACCAGACAGUGGAGGAUAACCUGGUCCAGUUGGAGACAGCGUACCAGGAGCAGACGGACUACGUGUCCAUCGUUCAAAAGCUGCAGGGACAGUUGGACGAGCUGGUGAAGCUGAUGGUGGAUGUUCCAUUCUGGUCCAAUACUGACAUUUCCCUGGAGGACUUGGCCCGCAAGACAGAGGCCUUUGACUUUUAUAGGUGGUUGGGGUACCUUGGCCUGCUGCUGUUUGAUGUUCUCAUCUGUCUCCUGGUACUCUUCGGCCUGAUACGCAACUCCAGGGGAACUCUGAUUGGAGUGUGUCUCAUGGGGGUUCUCACUUUGAUAAUCAGCUGGGGGUCUCUCGGUCUGGAACUGGCUGUCGCUGCUUCGGCCAGCGAUUUCUGCGUUUCCCCGGAUACUUACAUCACCAGGGUAACCAAGGAUAAUGCUGUCAUCAACCAAGAUAUUCUGCAGUAUUACCUGAAGUGCAGCUCUGGCCAAGUUAACCCUUUCCAGCAGAGGCUGUCAGGGAGUCACAAAGCAUUGGUGGAGAUGCAGGAUGAUGUGGCAGAACUACUGAGAUCAGCAACACGUGAUUAUGCCAACACCAAGGGAACUCUCGAGCAAAUCCAGUCUGUGCUGAAUUCCACUGAAGUCGGUCUUCACCAGCUGACUGCUCUGGUCGACUGUCGCAGCCUACACAUGGAUUACGUCCAAGCGUUGACAGGACUGUGUUACGACGGCGUGGAGGGUGUCAUCUACCUGGUGCUUUUCUCCUUUGUCACCGCUCUCAUGUUCUCCUCAAUUGUAUGCAGUGUGCCACAUACCUGGCCUGGCAAGAGGACGGAUGAGGAAGACGGAGAGGACGAGUCGGGUGCCUCACGGGGCGGUGUGCACGAUAACCUGUACCGCGUUCACAUGCCCAGUCUCUACAGCUGUGGCUCCAGCUACGGUAGCGAAGCUAGCCUGCCCGCUACAGCCCACACUGUCAGCAAUGCCCCCGUCACUGAAUACAUGAGCCAGAACGCAAACUUUCAGAACCCUCGGUGUGAGAACACCCCCCUGAUUGGCAGGGAGUCCCCUCCACCCUCUUACACCUCCAGUAUGAGAGCGAAGUACCUGGCCACAAACCGACCGGACCAGAACCGACGCUCAGUUCCCAACGACCAGCUGGACCCAGCUAGCCGGCCUCACCCCACUGCCCGACCACAGUCCUCAGUCCAUUAGAGACCGGAGCCGCACCAGUCCACCCCCCUGUACUGCCUGAAUCCAGUUCUCACAGCCAACAACAACAACAACAACAACACCACCACCACCACCACGACCCAACCCAGUGCUCAGUAGAGCUUUAAGCACCAACAGGACCCUGGUUUGUCAAGGUCUGCUGAAUUUACACCAAAACCGGUUCACCAGAAACACAAAAGCAAGCCAGAAACUCAUCAACCAAGAGCCUCAGCAAAGGACAGCACUUUUAUGGUCAACUCCUCCGUCUCAACACAGAAAAUCCAUAAAACCGAAACCCAUCUCAGAAGAUCAGUUAUCUCUUCUCUCAUUCUUUGUGGACACACACACAGACACACACACACACGCCUAACGCUGCUCAGCUGAUCAGCCCGACACACACCCACAAUGCACAGCAACUAAAGCGCCUUGGCUCGGACUUCAGUUUCUUCUACUACUGUUCAAAUCUGUCCUCCUCCACUGGGAUCCGUACACCGCCCCCUAGUGGAGACAGCUACACCUACUCACACCCGCUCAAUCCCGUCACACACUUUUACAUUCAGACUACAGGCACACACACAUGCAAACACACAUAGACACACAUGCACACACACACACACACACACACACACACACACACACACACUGUACAGAUCUGUAAAUAGUAAAACGUGUGCUUUACUCUGAUUUCAUGAAGAAUAGACUGUUGAAUCAUUACUGGUAAUGUGGUGUGCUGCGUGUUUAUCAUGGAAACUUUUGCUGUAUCUCUCAUACUUACACACACACACGCACACACACACACACACACACACACACACACACACAUAUACACACACACACACACACACACACACACACAAAUAGGCGGAUAGUCUUAACUGAACACACAUCUAUAUAGAUAAUAAGCCAGUGAAUCAGAAAGCCAUGUUUAGAUAGAAACCGUACCAACCACAUCCACGCUCUCUGUCUUUAGCUUAACAUUUGUCGUCUUAACUAAGACUUAUAACUUGAAUCGUGAGCUCGAAAAAAAAGUGUGUCCACGUCUCUCUCUUUCUCGCUCUCUCUCUCUCUCCAUAUACGUGCAACACGCACGUUGCUUAAUGCAUUUUUAAUAUGAGCCAGGAAUCCUGUUGUGGAAUAACUGUUUCGAAUUUUGGGGAGGGGGGGGAUUGGAGUGAGAGGAGUCAAAGAACACAAGGAGGCUCAACCUGUGCCAAAAAACUCUGAAUAACAUGAGGGAUGCCUGAUUCUAUCCUCUUCUCUCCUACUGCCUCCAUAUGUCUCAAAAAAAAGGGAAAAACCAACUCAAGUGGAAUGUUUUCCCUCCAGCUGUACAUAAUAAAGGAAACGGGAAAAGACACUUGAAAAGGGGCGAACGACGGACAGAAAAUGGAAUAAAUUACGACAAAACGUUUACCAGGUGCUAUGUAAGCCAGUCAAAAAGUUCCAGGACUGCGGAGGGAUGGAAACUUUUAUUAUUACUUUUAAUGUUUUUGUUUUCAUUCAGGGAUGUGAUUAGGAAAGCAAAAAGCAGUAAAAAAAAAAACCAACAAAAAAAACAAAAAACAGGAAGUUGUGUCCCAAAACCUGAAAUAUCAUGUCCCUUGAUGAAAAAUGUUACUUUAAAAUGUUUCAGAAUAAAAGGAUGGUGGGUGUUUUUUUAUGUUUUUAUCAUAAGCUGACAUUCGGGAUGUGAUACUGUGACAAACUGUAGUAUUUUCUCUCUGCUUCUAUACUGUCGUUAGGUUUUUUUUCCUCCUCUGCUUUUAUUUUGUCAACUGGUGACAUCGUUGGAUUGAUAUUUUUAGCCACCAGUAGCAACUCCUUUUUUCUUUUUCUCUCUCUCUCUUCUUCUUUUUUAAAAACCCACUUAAGCACAAAUUCUCUCUGAGGUGACUUUGUGAGAACGAGAAGAAAAAAAACACACUGCCCGGGACACUGCCAGUGGUUGUUUUCCUGCUCCGAGACUGUGUACAGUGUAUAAAAACUGUAGUCGUGAACCUGUGUGUGUGUGCGUGACAUCACUGCAGCGUGAUUGGCUCUAUCGCUCUAUCUCAGUGUUACCGUGUGUAAGUACAGUGAUCGGUGUGUUUGACUGGCAGCAAGUAAGGGCCAGCUUAUCUAGCCUGAGUCAUUUCUACACAGACGCCGCGCAUGCCCUCAUACACACACACACACAUACAUAUAGUCUGUACACACACACACACACACACACAUACAUACAUAUAUUCUGUACACACACACACACACACACACACACAUUCAAUACAAUACAAUACAAUACACACCACAGCUGCUUAUAAAAUCCAUCUUACCCUACUUUUAUCCUGUUUACAUGCACACAUAGAUCUGUAGUAACUGCACGCGUCCACCCACAGCUGUGACAUCACACUGAUAACCACCAUUUGCAUUAUGGGUGAUGUAGUAGGUAGUAAGCAAAUUUCAGAUUUCAGAGCAAUUCGGGAUCUAGUCAUUAGACGAGCGAGCAAGAGCCCUAACAUUCAAACGCCUCUCAAACACCAUUCCUGUACAGCAUUUUAAUAUUUGAUUAAUCAAUGACCACUUCUCGUAAUUAGCGAGACAAUCUUACAUGUGUGAUUUUAUUAGAAAGAGAGAUGCCCAUGUUAUGGUAACAAUGCUACCUAUGGUCUUGUACUUUACAGUGUUUUUUGCACCAUUGAUGCAAACAAUGUUAAGAUCUGUGGGUCUAGUCACUGAUUAAUGGCCUUUCAUAAUGUUUUUAAACUCUUACAACACUAUUCAUAUCACAACUUCAUAUGUUUUUUUAAUUUUUCUCUGUCUUGUAAAAAUCAAACUUUAAAGAUAAAAUAAUAGCUAGCUGUUUUGUAGGAGAAUAAAGGCAAGAGCAGCGUUUUUCCUCUCUUAUUAAUGGUGAAUGACUCUCUGUCUUGCAAUGUUUUAAUAAAACUAUUCCAGUGUAGUCUGCGUACCUGACGUACAGGUGUAUUUGAAUUCCUGUGUGUGUGACGCUUUUAUGGGAUUGAACCAUCCCGGUGCAGUGCGACUCGUUGGAAAAAGAGUCACACUUACAAAGAAGAGUGAGUAAUGCUCGCAUGUAUGUGUGCUGUUAUAACAGGACUUCAAAUACACCUCUGCCCAGAUGUGACAGAAAACCAAUGUUUUCUAUGGCUGUUUUUAUUUUCUGAUGGUUUAACUAAAAUAUUAAUGAUGUACAUGUCAAAACUGUGGUAAUGAUAUAAUUCAGCCUGGAAUAAAUGUUUUAAAAAAAAGAAAUUAAAGCAACUUUAACGUACUGA